UUAUACAACGUAAAUCAAGAGUUUUCCAAAGAUUUAUGCGAACCUUCUAAGAUGCCGUUUACUUAUUUACCAUCUGCUAUAGUAUCACUGGCAGCUUUAUUUUCAACAACUGUCGUUCUAAUGUCUUGCUUGUUUUGCAAACGUAUCUUCACAAGAAAAACAUCCGAAAAUCAGUCGAACAUAAAUGAUUGUGAAAAUGAUAGCACCGUUCUUGCGAAAACAUUUGAGGAUAAUGAAAAAAGUGAACAUGGAACAGAAAACGUAUUAUUUGGUAAAGACGACGAGACCAAGGAUGCUUACUUACAGGAUGAAACAAAAAAGAAACUAAGUCCAAGGCAUAUAGAGAUAAUUAGUCAAGUGUCAGGAAGUACGAAAAACAACUGUACAGAUCAGCACCAAGAGCAAAAUAAAGGUUCAGAAAAACAAAUGAUGUAUGACGACACCGAAGGACACGAGGACGAUACUUCAGUAGUUGAAAAUGUAAGAGCUAACGCGUUUACAUUAAAAUCAAACAGUUAUUCCAUAAGAAGUAACGACGUCGAAGAUUUUUCUAAUGCUAUCGAAAAGGUUGUGAUUCAUGAUCACCAGUCUCAAUUGCAAUUCUCAAAACCGGAUGAUCAUGGAAACAGAGCAGAUUGGAAACGAUUUGAUAAUAUUGUUAUACCUGGUGGGUGGAGGCGAGAAGUAAAAUUAAUCGAUCUGUUGCAAUUAGGUUUGGUAGAUGAAACUACGGCUGAUGAUUUAAUGAUUACCUUUUCAAAGUCCGAUGAUAUCACGGAUGAUGCUUUGGUUCCAGACACGUUAAAACCUUAUAUUUUUGGAGAGUGUCCAGUUGCAGGUAUCAUUAUAUCAGAAUCAGGUGAAAAAAAAUCAAUUUACCGCUCAGCUAAAGACGGCAUUUUGAGGCGGGGGACGGCAAUCAGUCUUCUUGAAGCACAGGCUGCAACUGGUAACAUCAUAGAUCCAAUAACAGGUCGAAAAAUGUCCGUGGCGGAUGCGUUUCAGCUUGGCCUUUUGGACAAAGUAUAUGAGUCUGUGGUAUCACGUGCCGAAAGAGCUGUAGUUGGUUUCAAGAGCAAAAUUUCGAAUUCUGUCAUGUCGCUUGGUCAAGCCAUGGAAAGGGGACUGGUAAUCGAGUCUCACGGUAUCAGGCUCCUUGAAGCUCAACUCGCCACAGGGGGAAUUAUUGAUCAUGAAAAAAACAUCAAACUUCCCAUUGACAUUGCUGUACAGCAAGGAAUUCUUAAUCAAACGUUAGCGGACAAACUCUCCUCCGUUUGCUCACACGAACCUGAGCAUUCCGAACUUGAUGAGUUGAAAACGUUUUUCGAUCCGAACACCGAAGAAAACGUGACUUACGUUGAGUUAAUGAAAAGAAGCAUAAUAGACGAAGACACGGGGCUGAGGCUUUAUCCCCUUGAAAAAAUAGGAAGAAGAAGAUUUAGCUAUGCAAGUUAUUCUGGAAUAUCAAGUCUUGCAUCUUCUCGAGCUAGCAGUAAAGAAAGCAUUCCAACUGCUGUCGCUGCAAGCACAUAAAACCAUUGAUAUUGCGACAAAAUAAUAACGGACUUACAUGAAUGUACAGGCAUACAUUUUACCAAGAAUACAACUUUCUCACGUUUAUUUACUGUUGCCUUUUUGGUAAUAUAAAACAAUAUUGAAAUGGGGAGUAUAAAAGAAUAAUAAUUUAUAAUGUGUUCAAAAUACAAUUAACUUUUAAAA